UUGUAAAUAGUUGUGCCAAUAUUCGCUGGCUUUGACCGACCGAGCGAAUAUUCUUUGAUUGACAAAUUAGCGAAAAGCGUCGUGACGGAUGUGAGGUUCUGCUGGAGCUGGGGACGAUCAUCAGCAGAUAGGCGCCAGUUUCUGCGGCGAGAGCACGUUCCAUCGUCGUUACUCGCGCGGUCAGGAUCGAAAGCCGCAAGGUUUGUGUGGACGUCUUAGACGCGCGCGCGCGUACUUCUCCGGACCGUUGAUUGCCCGGUUGUGACUUCUGGCAAGAGCCUGUCGAGGAUCUUUUGACACGUUCGUCCGUUCGGGGAUAAAAUGAUCGAUUGGUUGUUUUGUGGGUCGUUUGAUGUGGAAGAGCAGAACUGAAACUGAAGUGACCUGACAAUUGUCGGUUUGUGCAAAUACGGUGAAUAAUUCCAGUUAUACUGCGAUUCACUUGAAGUGAUAGCCGAAGAGUUUCAUUCUUAUCGCUUAUUUCGUGCUCAUAACCAGUUGAUCGAAGUGAAAUAAAGUACAGUGCAAGUACAUAGUUGUGUUUGCGGUUUGCGAGUAGAAACAUUUUUCAGUGAAACUGAAUGAGUUUGUGAGCAUAGUUUAAUUCAGAAGAAGCUGCUUGUCGAUUAAGACUCGCUUGGAAUUGUUUUAGUCUGACAGACAAACUUUCCAACAAUUGUUUGUGUUGUGUCUGCCGACCAAGCUCCAGUUGAUGCAAAUUGUUGGACAUGCUGCAGUGUCCACGGAUGACGAUCACCAUCGGAGGAAUCUGAGCAUCAUCGAUCUCGACAUACACCAACCUUCGAAGAAUGAAACAUCCACACCGCAACUUACUAUGGAAUUGCACACCGACAAGGAUCUUCUAGCCGCCACCUCGAUCAAGUACACUCCAAUUCUAUUCUACAACCGGCUCCUGCUGCUAUUGCUGCUCCAGCUGGAUCUUCCGGCGAUAUUCGUCUAACGACGGGAACAGGUAGCUGAUGCUUUGUUGCUAAUUACGUCGCACUACUGGGGCGGCCUAAUCUAUAUGGAUACGCAACUUCGCCACGCACGCUUCCAUCAUCUGGCGUAGGGCGAUCAGCAGGGCAUAACAAAUCAAGUGUUGGGAAAAUCGAUCGCAGUUGGUCGGCCGGGAUCGGACCGGACGGGCAGGCGGGCGUUCGUUUAGUGCAUGAACAGUGGGUGGAUGGGUGGUUGUACAAAAUAGUUCACAUACACAUCCGUUCAUUCAUUGCAUUCAUCGUAAUACAGUGAUUCGAUCUAUUCGACGUUGUGCGUUCUCAGAUGUGCACAAAUAAAUAUUCCGAAGAAGCAAAACCGCAGUCAUACAAGAAUAUUCGAAUCGAUUCACCGGACAAUCAUAUUGCGGCAACAGGAAGAGUUAGACCGGGUGAUGAAUGGGCAAAUGAGAUGAUAGGAAUUAAUUGAAAUAGUUUUUUUUAUGUGAUAAGUGGACCUGAGAGUGCUCCUCUAUUGGUCAAGUGAUAUUCCUCGGUUCGGGACGCGAUUAGCUUAAGGGAAAACAUGGAAUAUAAAUAUGGUCAAUCGUUGCUCGUCAGUUGAGUUUCGGGAUAACUCUUACAUUACGCCAACGGCUUGCCGCGAGUGCGCAAGUGUCUCGACAAACAGAUGAUCAAUAAAGUUCGUUAGUGAAUAAGAGAAUUUUGCGGAUAAUUUUUGAAACAUACGAAGUUGCGAUCAGUUCAUCCGUACAAGUGCCAAAAGUGAAUGUUGGUUUCCCAGUUACAACAAUAAUUUAUGAGACGACAAUUUCAUCCCUUGUAUGAAAUCGAACAUUCCAGCGUGAGGUAGAAGAAUCUAAGCUCUGUGUACGCAGCAGGAUGACCCCAAAGGAAUGGUUGGCACUUUUUGCCUUGUAUGCAGCUUAUCUGUUCUUCGGUGCAACAGUAUUCUAUCAUAAUGAACACGCGCUGGAGACGGAGCGGCGAGCCGAGGAGCUGGCUGAGCGAAUCGAAAUGAAUGAACUAUUGACGAAGCAUCUGGCACCACAAGAUCAGGAACUGCAACAGCGACUGUUGAUCCGCAUUUCUAAUUACUGCGAGAAAAAGGUUACAAACUACACCCUGGACGAAUACGAGGAUCCUUACGUGUGGGACUUUUAUCACUCGUUCUAUUUCGCCUUCAUUGUUUGCUCCACUAUUGGGUAUGGAAACAUUUCACCCAACAACACGUUUGGGCGAAUCUUCAUGAUCUUCUACGCGCUGAUCGGACUACCGAUGAAUGGCUUCUUUUUCGCUUACCUUGGUGAUUUGUAUGGGAAAACUUUCAUUCGAUUGUACCGACGCUACAAGCAGUACAAACUGUCUACCAAUACACAGUACGUGCCGCACAAGGUUAGCUUGAUUGGGCAAAUCAUACUGUACCUGAUUCCUGGCAUUGUCAUCUUCAUAUUCGUGCCAGCGGCCAUUUUCAGCUACUUCGAAAAGUGGCCUUACGAUGUUUCGGUUUAUUACUCGUUUGUGACGCUAACCACGAUCGGGUUCGGUGAUUACGCUACAACAUUCCAGGCGUCACAGAAAUACGAAUUCGGAACAUCCUUCGUAUACUACCAGAUCUUUAUCGUGUUGUGGUUCUUCGCCGGGGUGGGUUACGUAUUUAUGAUUUUGGGUUUUAUAGCGAAAGGAAUGGCUCACAAGAAGGUCCAACACUUGGAAAAAAUAUUGGCUGUUAACGUUAGAGCGGCCCAAAACCGGGUUUGGAAUGGCGUGACCAAGGAUAUUAGCUAUCUCAGGAAAAUCCUGAACGAGGUCUACAUGCUGAAGUUCAAGCCCGUGUUUGAGGAACCAUCGGAACGUUUCGCCACUAUGGAUCUCAAGCGGUCGGAAUCCUGCCCGGAGCUGUCGAUGUACCGCGAGGAGGAAAUUGAUCCCAUUGCGUACAGUCGGCAGCGUGCCUUCUCAAUGUGUACGACGGCUCAGAUUGAUUUGCGUCAACGAUCCAAAUCGGUCGUGAGCGUGCCAUCGAUCCGUCGCCUGUCGGAUAGUGAUCUCAGCCGAAUCAACAAAGAAAAGACCUUCGGAGUCGAAGCUUUGGUGCAACCAGCCGAACUGUUGGCGAAGGUCGUUUCUGCUCUGGCGAACAUCGGUCCUGUCGAAGAGGAUGGUCAGAGCAUUUUGGACCACGCAUCGAUCAAUACUGGAAUCAAUUGUUUCUCCGAUUCACAAAUCCUAGCCAGCGAACAAUCGUGGUCCGAGUGGUCCAAUUACGGCGGUUCGGACAGUGCAUACAUGACAACUCCUCCGUUAGGUAGAGCAAGAGCCUCUUCAGACAUCGGAUUGACACCACAUCAAACACCAGGCAAUCCAUACGACUGGACCUGGAGUGGAGGAGAUGCUAUUCAGCUCAAAGAAAUGAUGAAAAUUCGUCAAAAGGCUCUCAAAUCACGUGAUAGCUUGCUGAGAACAGCGAUCUCCAAUAGCAAACAACAAUUUGGAUCGAAUCAUUCCUUCGAAGCCCCCAAACAACCAAGAGAUCGAAUAUUGUCCAUUUCUGCGUUGAAUCGCAAACUUCUUCAGCGGUUGAAUCCUUUCCGAAAAACUUCGAGCGCUUCCGAUACCAAGGUCGAUCCUAUUUACGACGUAGAGUCCGCUAAGCCAAUUGAAUCUUAUUUGAAUAAAACUUCCCGAGGACGAGCAUCGAUGUUCAAUUUCUCACCGCACCACUAUUCAACUGAUUCUAAAACGGGUCCCAUUUACGAAUCAGAGUCUUCGAAGCCAGUCGAAUCUUACCUGGCCAAAACAUCUAAAGGGCGAACAUCCUUGUUCAAUUUUCCAUCGCAACAUCGUUCAGCUUUUGAUCCUAAAGCUACAGAUUCUUCAAAACCCAUCGAAUCCUAUCUAUCCAAAACUUCCAAAGGACGUGCCUCAAUGUUCAAUUAUUCGCCGCAGCAACAGUAUUUGGCAGCAACUUCUAAAGGCCGCGGUAGUAUGAUGUCGCUGCCACCAUCAGAUGAACAUCUUCUGGAAACGACCACCAUCGGUGACCUGAUCCGUGCUUUGGAAAUUGCCCACACGCAGGCUAACAUGCCAGGUUACGCAACGGUAGACUCUUCGAACUCACCAAAACGAAAAAUUGCAACAUCCGUACCACCACAAAUGCCAUCAUCGUUUAUGUCAAUCUUCCCAAAUCAUUUGCUCCCGGAUGCGGGUUCUCGACGAGGAUCGCUCAAACCACAUAUUAGUCAAUCACUCAGCAAUCCAAUCCAGUCUAGUCCUCUUAGUCAUACUCCAGUGUCUCCUUCGUCACACCGUCCGUCAAAUCCGCCUCCUUAUAGUGCUGCCUCUGGCUAUGUUCCAUCUCCCAAACCUCUCAGACGACGAUUCAGUGUUCGUCUAUCCAGUUUGGCUUAUCCACCGGGUCAGUGUCCCCGUCCGGGAACCUCCGGUGAUAGUACUAGUCCUCUCAAUUCGUCCACCACUUCUCUGCAUGCUCCCAGCACUGUCCUCCAGCGAAGACUCUCAAACCGGCCGAGUCCUCUCGCAAGUCAGAAUCAGAACCUGCUCUCGGUUCCGUCGUCGAUCGGAGGCAGCGGAGGUUCCAAACCUUGGCGACCGGGCCUUCUUCGGUCCGAUUCGGAAUUCGCACCCGUGCAGAGAACUGCAUCUGGCGUUGUUGGAUCGCGCUGUCGACACAGCAGCCUUUCCCAAAGCGAUGAACCCAAAUCGAAGGACGAACACGGAAAUAGCUGAUCCUCUUUCCAUAGCUUAACCCCCGAUAGACAUAUGAAACUGAACAGUAUUGCCUUGUAAUUUUAACGAAAGUGAUCAUUAGUGAGUGGAUAUUAUUGUAAGGAACACAUUCCAGCCAAUUAGUCAUUAGGGUUGUGAAACGGACGGGCAGAAUACAACCGUCGUGAAUUAUUAGCGCAAUAAAUUUUAUACUGUGUAAGGGCAAA